AUGCAAGAUCCAUACCAUCAACUCUCUACAUGGGAUGAUGAUAAUGAUGUCAACUGUUGCAAAUGGAAUGGUGUAGUUUGCAACAACUCAACUGGCCAUGUUCACCAACUCCAUCUCCGCGGUUUGAGUUUGAGAGGCCAAAUCAAUUCAUCUUUGCUCAAUCUCAAACACUUGACUCAUCUUGACUUGAUUCUCAACAACUUCAAACAAACAAUCCCUUCCUUCUUUGGAUUAUUCACAAAGCUCGAGCUUUUCAACCUCUCUUUUGCUGGAUUUCAUGGAGUGAUUCCCCAUACCAUCGGGAACCUUUCAUAUCUACGCACUCUAGAUAUGGCUGGCUUUCCAAACAUUGUGCCUGCUGGUCACAAAAACUACUAUCACACCACAACUUACGGUGGUUACCCAGACAUGGAAUUUGCUGCUCAUGUAAGCUUUCCAAACCUGCUACAAGUUGAUAAUCUUGAAUGGUUAUCGCUGCUUUCUGGACUCGAGAAUCUCAAUAUGAACUUUGUGAACCUCAGCAGAGCUACAAAUUGGGUGCAGGUGAUCAACACACUCCCUUCUUUGCAACAUCUUCGUUUUCAAAAUUGCAGCCUAAGUUACAUAUCUCCUCUGAGUUAUCUCAACAUCACUUCCUUAACUCUUCUUGAUCUCUCUUCUAACAACUUCCAUUCCACUGAGGUCCCAAAAUGGAUAUUUGGGCUUCACAAUCUUCAUUUUCUUGAUCUAAGGAACAACUCUUUCAUAGGUCCAAUUCCAGCUAACAGUAAUGCCACCAAACUGAAGUAUAUUGAUCUCUCUUUCAAUUUUUUGAACUCCAUCGUACCAAGUUGGCUCUAUUCUUGUAUAGAUUUGGAGUUUGUUAUCUUGGAUUACAGCUUCCUAACCGGUGCAGUUCCAGCAGGAUUUACUAACCUGUGCAAAACAAGAAGGUUGUCCUUAUCCAACAAUAAUUUCCAAGGAAAUGUAUCUGAUUUAUUUGGAAAUAUUUCGGAGUGCUUCUUGGAAACAUUGGAAGUCCUAGAUUUGAAGUUUAAUCAAAUCUCAGGUCAGUUGAUAGAUCAACUAGGAGAGUUUAAGAGUUUUGAACAUCUUAAUCUCAACAAGAAUUUACUAACUGGUCCAAUUCCAGCCAGCAUGGGUAGUGUUCCAAGCUGGUUCUGGAAUACUUGGGUCUUGAAUCUCUCCCAUAACCAUCUUCACGGAGAGAUCCCAGAUUUCCGUGGCGCUGCCCAGUUUAUAUACUUGAGUUCUAAUAAACUCGAAGGCCCAUUGCCUCAAGUUGGAGACGCUUUGAAGGAGCUUGAUCUGUCCAAUAAUUCAUUCUAUGGAGGCAUAGCCCACUUUCUAUGUGAUGAGACAUAUCCAACAUAUUCGUUGGAGAUUCUUCAUCUGGGAGAAAAUCUAUUAAGUGGGGAAUUGCCAGAUUGUUGGAACAAAUGGCCUUCUUUGAGAUAUCUGAGCCUAGGCAAUAACCAAAUGCAUGGAAGCAUUCCAACUUCUAUGGGAUUUCUUGCUAAUCUAGAAUCUUUGAAUCUUCAAAAUAAUCGAUUCUCCGGGAAGAUACCUUUUGCAAUGCACAACUGCAUUAAGCUGGUGAAGAUGGGGCUUGCAGAUAACAAUCUUGCAGGGAACAUACCGGCGUGGAUAGGAACAAGCCUAGUCGAGUUGAGGAUUCUGAUACUGCGCUCAAACAACAUGAGUGGUGAGAUCUCUUCAGAGAUUUGCCAGUUGAGCUAUCUCCAGAUAUUGGAUCUCGCCAACAAUGAACUCUCGAGCGGAAUACCAAGGUGUAUUCAUAAUAUCACUGCAAUGGUUAUAAAGAGGAGUUUGUCAGAUCUAUUCAAACUGUAUGGAGUUGAGAAAUCAUGGUACUCUUACUCCUUUUUCAACGCGGGAGGGUUCAGAGAGAGUGCACUGAUAGUGAAAAAAGGCGGUAAACUGGAGUUCGACCUUUCAGUGAACAGUCUGUCCGGAGAAAUCCCAAAUGAGUUAACAAGUUUGUCAGAGUUGGGAUCCUUAAACUUGUCAAGCAAUCAGCUAACAGGUUUGAUCCCCGAGAACAUUGGAGAAAUGAAGCAGUUGGAAUCUCUUGAUCUAUCAAGAAACUCCCUGUCGGGUCGAAUUCCCAGCAGCCUUGCAUUCAUAUUUGGUUUGGGUUAUCUCGACUUGUCUUACAACAACUUAACAGGAAGUAUUCCAGAUGGCACACAGCUCCAGAGCUUCAAUGCUUCAAGCUUUGUCGGUAACCAUCUCUGCGGCCUGCCAUUAACAAGCAACUGUAGUGAAGGAGGAAUUAAAGAGAUGAAUGAGAAAGCUACAGAGGUUGAGUGGUUUUAUGUGCUGCUAUCUUUGGGUUAUGCAUUGGGAUUUUCAGUGGUUUGCACAGCCUUAGUGUUGAAGAAGGCAUGGAGAGAUGCAUGUUUUGGGUUGCUAGAGAGGAUGUGGAUAAGCCUCACAACAUCUACAUAG